AGUAGAGAAGAAAAACCACCUCAGGUCGGUUUUGGCUUCUGCAGAAAACCAGACAUGAAAACCACCGCAGAGCAACAAACAGCAGCGACUCAUCUGAUAUAUCCACCAUUUCCUCUGAAUCUCACAAAACCCAGAAAUAAUCACAGAAGAGAGAGAAAGCUCUAGAGAGAGAGAGAGAGAGAGAGAGAAAGAGAGAGGAAGAAGAAGAAUAUCUGUAUGUAAAUGCAAUUCAACUCAGAUCGGAAGAGGAAGGAAAAGCAGAAAAGCAGAAGCUGAGAGAAAUCACUUCCGCAUCAAUUUCAAAAGAACUUUUAGAUUCAGACCCAAAUCUCAAUCAUCAAAUACCCAAUUAGUCCCACAUGUUAUCACCAAACCAAACCACCAACUUGAUCAUCUCCAAGCAACCCAGACCUAGAAAUCACCAAACCCAGCAGCCCAAUCCUAACAAAAUCACACCCAAUUCAAAAUCUAUGAGGAACCCAUCUCUUACAAUCCUGCAAUGAACCAAACACCUUCCAGUUUAUCCCACUCUCCCACACUCUCCUCUCUCCACCACCACCAGAUUCACUUCCACCGCCAUAGCCACACUCCUUUCAAUUUCCGCCCUUCUUCUUCUUCUUCCUUUUCUUCUUCGCAUUCGUUUCUGUGUUCCGCUUCACUCGCAAUCAUUCCCUUCGCCACACGAUCACUGGUCCUGAAGCUUUUCCGCCAUUUCCGCUGUGCGCAUUUGCUCAGAGUCCACUGCCGCUUGCUUAUCCUCUUCUUUUUGCCUUCCCUUUACUUCUUCACAAGUUCCCGCCGCUCUUUCGUUCUCGAUUUCUCUCCUGUGAUCGCUUUCUCGGCAGCCCUUUUGAUUUCUCUCAACGUUGCACUUCCCCGUUUUGUUUCGACUCGGUUGUUUCUUUCCCGCUCUUUGCCAAUCAAGCUUUGUUCGUCUUCCCGCGUCUCUAAGCCCGCUCAGCCUGUUCUUUGGUCAAUUGGGUCGAAGCCCAAGUUGGACAAAAAGCCGAAUUCGGGGUCUUGGGUGCAGGUUUAUAGUAACAAGGAUGUUUAUGAGGGUGAAUUUGAUAGAGGGAAGUGUUCAGGAAGUGGGGUUUAUUACUAUCAUAUGAGUGGGAGGUAUGAAGGUGAUUGGGUGGAUGAGAAGUAUGAUGGUUAUGGUGUGGAAACUUGGGCCAGAGGUAGCCGGUAUCGUGGGCAGUAUAGGCAGGGCUUGAGGCAUGGAAUUGGGGUGUAUAGGUUCUUCACUGGUGAUGUUUAUGCCGGAGAGUGGUCUAAUGGGCAGUGUCAUGGGUGUGGAAUACAUACUUGCGAGGAUGGAAGCCGGUAUGUUGGCGAGUUUAAGUGGGGUGUCAAACAUGGACUUGGUCAUUAUCAUUUCAGAAAUGGUGACACAUAUGCUGGGGAAUAUUUUGCUGAUAGGAUGCAUGGUUUUGGAGUAUAUCGGUUUGGGAACGGGCAUCGAUAUGAAGGAGCCUGGCAUGAAGGAAGAAAGCAGGGACUUGGUAUGUACACUUUCAGAAAUGGGGAAACACAAUCUGGUCAUUGGCAAAAUGGGGUGCUAGAUAUAAACAACCAACCUGGAUCUUCUUAUGCUGCCAACCAUGCCAAAGUGCUUAACGCAGUCCAGGAAGCACAAAGAGCUGCUGAGAGAGCAUAUGAAGUGGCCAAAGUAGAUGAAAGGGUGAACCGAGCUGUAGCAAUAGCUAAUAAAGCAGCGAUUGCUGCACGAGUUGCAGCUGUAAAGGCCGUGCAAAAACAAUUACACCCAUUACAACAAUGACAGCAGUGGCACUACCCACAUUCGCCUAAUGCACCUACCAAUCAUCAUUAGCAUCAACAUCAUGCCUGUGUGGCAAAGCCACAGAAGCAAAACAACUACCACGUAAAUAGGUAUUUUGUUUUUCGUCUUUUCUAUUUUGUGUCUUUGCUCUGCAAUUAUUUUGAUGGGGAAUGCGAGGUACGUGCCUGGAACCACAUUCAGUCGAGUAUGUAUGGCUGAUUGAGGAGCAGGCAGAGGCAGGUUUUCCCCCUUUUUUUUCUUCUGGUUCUAGCCUCUCAACAAUACGUACAUAUGAGUAAGAGUGUGCAAGUUAUAAACCAAGGUUUUUGAUUUCACAUUUUUUGCUUCCUACUGUAAACGUUACUGGUUAUUGUUAUAUGUAAUUUUGCCUGGAUGAA